GCUUUGAUCCCCGAGUUCAAGGGCUUAUAUGCAUCAAUUACAGUCUAGGGGCUUAAUAGCGAUUCUGGGGUUGGUUCAGGGGCUUAACUUAUGGUUUUGCCUCUGUUUUUUGCCGCCACCUAAAACGUGAAAGUGUCAGAAUAAAGUAAUGAAAUGAAAUUACAAAAAGACGGCAAAAGUUGAGUGAGAAAGAACAAGUGUCGAUUUAACGAAGGUUGAUUCUGAAAACAAAACACUGAUUCUUAGUACACGUUCUGACACAUCCCCACAUGCACUUAACCAAAUCUAUCCCCGCCAAUCCUUAGCAGACAGGCCACCGCCACCGCCACCGCCACCGCUCUCAUGGUCUCAACAAAGCGGGAUGGCAGCGGAAGACCCAGGAACCCGAACCCAAUCCGGAGGCUUCUCGGGUGUGGUUUCUGGGUACAGGGCUUCCGGUGCUUUCCGUGGAUGGCUGUUAAUUUCUUCUUGAAGGAUGGUCUCAAUGUCGACCCUUCCACUCUUCAGAUCCUUCAGAACUCAGUUAAUCUGCCCAUGGUCGGCAAGCCCCUCUACGGCAUCAUCUCCGAUUCCGUUUACAUUUCCGGCCAGCACCGCCUUCCUUAUAUCGCCAUCGGAGCUUUCUUGCAAGCAGUAUCGUGGAUAGCUAUAGCAAUCUUAUCAAAAUCCAGCAUUUCAAUCUCAACCAUGAGUCUUUAUCUUCUCCUCAGUAACCUUGGAGCUUCAAUAGCUGAGGUUGCAAAUGAUGCCAUUGUUGCAGAAUUAGGAAAACCGCCUACUUCCUCUCCUCAGAAGUCUCAAUCAUCUUCUUCAGGUGAGCUUCAUUCAUUUGUUUGGAUGGCUUCCUCUGCUGGUGGGGCCCUAGGAAACCUGCUGGUUGGCAUUGCCAUAGACAGAUUUUCCCAACAAUCAAUGUUCCUCUUCUUUGGUCUUCUUCUUGCUUUCCAGUUCUUCAUAACUAUUUCUGUUCGUGAAAGUUCUCUUAACCUCCCCAGAAGUUCAUCAAAUAAAGGGAUCAGAAAGCAGCUUUCAGAACUUGCAGUUGCACUGAGAAAACCAGAGAUUGCAUACUCAAUUGCCUGGUUUGCAGCAUCAUAUGCCAUAAUUCCAGCACUAACAGGAACCAUGUUCUUCUACCAAACACAGUACUUGAAGAUUGAUGCCUCUAUAUUGGGAAUCUCUAAAGUAUUUGGGCAAGUAGCCAUGCUUUUAUGGGGCAUCAUCUAUAAUCACCAGUUAAAGUCAGUCCCACCAAGGAAGCUAAUUGCAGCCAUUCAGGCAACAAUGGCAGUAUUCAUGAUUUCUGAUAUGUUAUUUGUUGAAGGAAUUUAUCGAGAGAUGGGGGUGCCAGACUCAAUCUAUAUCGUGGUUUUCUCAGGCCUUUUAGAGGUUUUGUUCUUCUUCAAGAUUCUUCCAUUCAGUGUUCUAAUGGCACAGCUAUGCCCUCCGGGAUGUGAAGGGUCUCUAAUGGCAUUUCUCAUGUCAGCUAUAGCCCUUGCACUCAUAGUGAGUGGAUAUCUUGGAGUAGCUCUGGGAUCCUACAUGGGAGUCACAGGAAAUGAUUUUUCAGGGUUUCCACGUGGCCUUCUAACACAGGCAAUUUGUACCCUUUUGCCCCUCUUAUGCUCAUCAUGGAUACCUGAUUAUGCGAUCACCAAAACCAGAACAGAUUAGAAGCAACAGUAGUUGUGUUUCAAGAAGAUUGUAAGUUCUAAAAUGGAAAGUACUCUCUUAUCAUCAUAAUUAUAGAAUAUCAGAAGAAAUGUAAAAUAGCAGCUAUAGGAUAUAUCAUUUUUGAAUGAUGUGCCUACAUUCACAAUAUAGAGUGAAAUAAAGGCACUGAGACAGAUAUUAACUUCCAAAUCUGAGGGUCCCAAGCUGUGUUAGAAAAUAUUUAUUCCUUAAUAGAUAUUAGAUAAUGCUAAUUUGUAUAUCCACAUUGUUCCAUAGUUGUUAUGUAAAAGAAAACUGUCGUCAAUAAAUUCACAUACAUUAUACUUGUAAUGAAUCAACUGAAGGGUUCCUAAGAAAAUAUCCUUUUCUUUCUUGUUAGCAACACAAUAAGUCAAUGCAUAAAAACAUUUUUAAGAA